UUACCGACUGCCUUGCGUUCUCCUCCGCCGAGGAGGCCGCGGCGGAGCGCCGCCGCCGGAAGCGGCGCCUCCGCAUCGAGCCCCCGCUCCACGCCCUCCGGCGCGACCCGUCGGCCCCCCGGCCGCCGCCCCGCGACCCCAACGCCCCGCGGCUCCCCGACUCCACCUCCGCCCUCGUCGGCCCCCGCCUCAACCUCCACAACCGCGUGCAGUCCCUCAUCCGCUCCGGCGACCUCGACGCCGCCUCCUCCGCCGCCCGCCACGCCGUCUUCUCCUCCGUCCGCCCCACCGUCUUCACCUGCAACGCCGCCAUGGCCGCCAUGCUCCGCGCCUCCCGCCUCGACGACGCCGCCGCCCUCUUCCAGUUCUUCUUCCGCCAGUCGAACAUCGUCCCCAACGUCGUCUCCUACAACAUCCUCAUCAACGCCCACUGCAACGCCGCGCGCGUCGACACCGCCCUCGCCGUGUACCGCGAGAUCCUCGACCGCGCCCCCUUCUCCCCCUCCCCCGUCACCUACCGCCACCUCACCAAGGGCCUCGUCGACUCCGACCGCAUCCCCGAGGCCAUCGACCUCCUCCGCGAGAUGCUCAACCGCGGCCACGGCGCCGACUCCUUGGUCUACAACAACCUCAUCGCCGGGUUCAUCGACCGCGGCAAUUGGGACAAGGCCUUCGAGCUCUUCGACGAGCUCAAGGACCGCUGCCUCGUCUACGACGGGGUCGUCCACGCCACCUUCAUGGAGGGGUACUGGAAGCGCGGGAUGGACAAGGAGGCCAUGGAGUCGUACCAGUCCCUCCUCGAUCGCCAGUUCAAGAUGAGCCCCGCCACGUGCAAUGUGCUGCUAGAGACGCUGCUGAAGCACGACAAGAAGGAGGAGGCUAAUAAGCUCUGGGAGAGCAUGCUCGACAACCACACGCCGCCUAGUUUCACCGCCGUGAACACGGAGACGUAUAAUGUAAUGGUGAACCAGUGCUUCAAGGAGGGCAAGUUUGAGGAGGCCAUAGAGGUGUUCCAUAGGACGGGGAGGAAGCCCGUCAUGAUGGACGUUGGGUGCUUUAACAAUAUCAUUGGGAAGCUGUGCGAAAAUGGGCUUCUUGAGGAAGCAGAGAAGCUGUUCGAGGAAAUGCCUGGGAGGUCCGUGAUCCCUGAUGUGUUCACCUAUGGGCAUUUUGUCGAUGGGUUCUUUAAGGCGGGGAGAAAGGAGGAUGCUUUGCGGUAUUUCGAGAAGUUGGUGGGUGCCGGAGAGAACGGCCCAAAGUACAACGUAGGGUUUUACAACAAGGUGUUUGAUGGGUUGGUGAAAGCGGGAGCGAUUGGUGAUGCUCUAGAGAUCUAUGGGAAGAUGGGGGAGAACGGGAUGAGGCCGGAUUUUAGGAGUUAUGAGAUUUUGGUUAAAGCACUGUGUGAGGAAGGGGACUUGGACCGAUGCCGGAAGUUAGUGGAAGAGAUGGUAGGAAAUCGGAUAGUUGCCAACUCCGAGUUCCGUGGGUUUGUACUGGACGCUUUCGAGAAAGCAGGUCAGGGAGAAGAGAUUGAAGCAAUGUUUCAAGAGAGACCGGGCAUUGGCGCUCCACAAGUUCGGCCGGGGUUUGUUGCUCCUCCAAGAGUUGCAGGGUUUGGUGCUCAAGCGCAGCCAAGGUUCGGUGGUCCUCAAGGCCAAGGAGGGUUUGGUGGGCCUCAAGGCCAAGAGAGGUUUGGUGCUCCUCAAGGCCAACAAGUAGGGUUUGGUUCUCCUCAAGGCCAGCAAGUAGGGUUUGGUGCUCCUCAAGGCCAGCAAGUAGGGUCUGGAGCUCCUCAGGGCCAACAAUUAGGAUUUGGUGCUCCUAAAGGCCAGCAAGGUUUUGGUGCCCCUCAAGGCCAACAGGGUUUUGGUGCUCCUCAAGGCCAGCAAGGUUUUGGUACCUCUCGAGGCCAACAGGGUUUUGGUGCUUCUCAAGGCCAGCAAGGUUUUGGUGCUCCUCCCGGCCAACAAGUAGGGUAUGAUGCUGCUCCUCAAAGCCAACAAGUAGGAUUUGGUGCUCCUCAAAGCCAGCAAGGUUUUGGUGCCCCUCAAGGCCAACAGGGCUUUGGUGCUCCUCAAGGUCAGCGAGGUUUUGGUGCUCCUCAAGGCCAACAAGGUUUUGGUGCUCCUCCAGGUCAACAAGUACGGUAUGAUGCAGCUCCUCAAGGCCAACAAGUAGGAUUUGGUGCUCCUCAAGGCCAAGCAGGGUUUGGUGCCCCUCAAGGUCAACAAGGUUAUGAUGCUUCUCAAGGCCAAUAUGGGUUUGGGACUCAAAGGUUUGCUACCCCUCAAGGCCAACAAGGUUUUGGUGCUUCUCAAGGCCAAAUACAGUUCGGUGCUGGUCAAGACCAACAUGGUUUUGGUGCCUCUCAAAGUCAACCAGAUUUUGGUGCUACUCAAGCUCAACCAGGGUUUGGUGCUCCUCAAAACCAACCAGGGUUUGGUUCUCCUCAAGGCGUACAUGAGUUUGGUGCUCCACCAGGCAAGCCAGGGUUCGAUGCUCCUCAAGGCCAGCAAGAGUUUGAUGCAUCCCAAGACCGACAGUCUUUUCUCUUUAUGAUGCUACAGGAGCUAGGAAAAAAAUAAGAUGCCAUUAAACAGAAAUUGAUCAGGGUCGCAGAUUUGAGUCUGCUAGGAAUGGGAAAAACUGAAAGGAGCUACAUAUCUUUUCAUAGUUUGGUGGAAAGAAAGCUUUGAGCAAUCAGAAAUUGAGGUCUACUCAAAAGCCAAGCCUGAAGCUAGCUUGACUAGAUCAGGCUUAGCUCUAAAUUUGUAUAUGUAUUUGUUUGUCUAUACUCAAGAGUAUAUGUACAUGCAUGAAAUAAUAUAGGGGAUAGAAAGGCACAUUGAUGGAACAAUUUUGAAGUGAAAAAGAGAUACAAGAAGCUGAAAAAUGCAAACUAAAAUGCUUGUAACAAGUGGAUAUCUUUUAUUUGUCUCACUUUGUUUCUUUUUCUCACCAACUGGGCAUUAAGAUUCUCAUGUAUUCUAUAGUAAAUUAUUUAGUGAUCUCAA